AUGAAAAAGGGUGAGCUGACCCUCAAUCAGGAUGGUCAGCCACUUGCAAACGCGAAAGCCAUCAAUCAAGGUGAUCUCAUGGUGAAAUCUAGUAACAUACCAGCCAAUAGUGAACGCACAGCGUUCAACGAAUCACAAAAAGACGCCGCUCGGGAAAAAGCGGACAUCAUUCUUGGUACUAAUCGUGGUUUUAAUCAUGAGGAUCGUGCAGGCAAAGUUUUAAAUAAGGGUAGUUAUGGUUGUUACAGAGACAUGGGUUGGCAAGUAGAUCAUUCUCGUUCCUUAGCUGAAGGAGGUCAUAUAUCUUGA